GCGAGAGAACUUUAUAAGUGAAUGUGAAGUCAAACGAGCAAGAACUAGUGGUAGCAAUGGAGCUAACAUACAUACCGUUCGUGCUCAUAGCAGUGCUCUGUUCUCUUUACUAUUACUUCACAAGGACGUUCAAUUAUUGGAAGGACAGAGGCAUCGUUGGACCAAAACCAAUCCCACUGUUUGGUAACAUCAAAAAUAGUGCACUAAGAUAUGAAAAUCAUGGGGAGACGAUCACUAAAAUUUACCAGCAGUAUCCAAACGAGAAUAUCGUCGGUUUAUACAGAAUGACCACCCCAACUCUUCUGAUCAGAGACCUGGAUAUUAUCAAACAGAUUAUGAUUAGAGAUUUCGACAAAUUCUCCGAUCGUGGGUUCGAGUUCAGUGAAGAUGGUUUGGGAACAAAUCUGUUCCAUGCUGACGCUGAUACUUGGAGAAUACUCAGAAAUCGUUUCACACCGCUGUUUUCAUCUGGGAAAUUAAAGAAUAUGAUCCAUAUGAUGAUCGAACAAGGUGACAAGUUUAUAAAAUACGUCCAGACUACUACGAAUAAUCAAAAGGAAAACGAAAUCUACAAUCUGCUACAGAGAUAUACGUUGUCCACAAUAGCAGUAUGUGCCUUUGGUAUGGAUAUCACUGAUAUUUCAGAUAAGAAUUCAUUAAUUCAGACCUUAUUUAGAGUGGACCGUGAAAUAUUUACCCGAACCUUUGCAUUCGAACUGAUUCUAAUGUAUCCGCGUUUAUUCAAAAGGUUGAACUUGUCAGUUUUUUCUAUAUACGUCACGAAUUUCUUUUAUAAACUAACAAAAAUUGUAAUCAAGAAGAGACAAGGCGAACCCACAGAGAGGAACGAUUUUGUAGAUUUAAUUUUGCAAUUGAGAAAACAAAAAGAGAUUCACUCAACGAAAAUAGAUGAGAAAAGAAUGCACUUGAAGAUAUCGGAUAGUGUUAUCGCCGCGCAGUGUUUUGCGUUUUUCGCGGGAGGAUACGAAACUAGUGCCACUACAAUGACUUACAUGCUAUAUCUUUUGGCGAAACAUCCGCACAUUCAAGAAAAAGUGUAUCAAGAAAUAGAUGAAGUACUCGAGACGCAUAACGGCGAAUUGUCCUACGAUACAAUCAAAGAUAUGACCUAUUUAGGCAAGGUAUUCGACGAGACACUCCGUUUGUUUUCUCUAGUGGAGCCAUUGCAACGGCGUGCUAAAUGCGAUUAUAAAAUCCCAGGCACUGAUGUGGUUAUCAGAAAGAACCAAAUAGUGUUAAUUUCACCUCGUGGUAUUCACCAUGAUUCUAAAUAUUAUGCAAACCCAGAAGUGUUUGAUCCUGAGAGAUUUAAUUCCGAAAAUGCAGCUGCUAGGCAUCCUUGUGCCUACAUGCCAUUCGGAGUUGGCCCAAGGAAUUGCAUUGGCAUGCGCUUCGCUAAACUGCAGUCCUUCAUAUGUAUUGUAAAAUUUCUAUCGAAAUUCCGGGUAGAACCGUCUGAGAACACGCUGAAGGAAAUGAGAUUCGAUCCAACAAAAGCUGUAAUGUCGCCAUCUGAUGGACUUAUGGUAAACAUAAUGCCGAGGGAAUAACUUCGAUAGAACUAAUUAGGUAAAAGAAGGUAACAGAUAGUUCGAUACUCCUUAUUGUUUCCUCCAAAAGAUUACAAUAGUAAACUUAUUAUAGAUACAAACAAUUACAAGAAAUGAUCAUAGUGAGAAAACAAUGGGCAGCCUUAUCGCUAAAAGCGAUCUCUUGCUGGCAACUGAACUAAACUAUACAAUUAAACCUAUAAACCUUCUCAUUAAAUCAUUCUCUCCAUAAAUGAAAAACACAUUAAAAUCCGUUUGGUAGUUUAAUAGAUCUAAGUGUACAGACGGUGGAAAACGACUUUAAUCUAUACUACACAGAGAUAUGAUCUGGCUGGUCUAGCCGUAUCUAUGACACUUAUUUAUUUAUUUAUUUAAUUUAUUAAAGGUAUCUGUCUGUCUUUUAGUAUUCUGUUUAUAACAGUUAUCUGAUUCUAGGCAUUACAUUCACUAGAAUCAAAUAAAUCUAGACGUCUAAGUGAUGUUUUAAUCUUAAACAUAAUACUUGACUCGAUUACAUUCUUUUAUAUUAUGUCUUAGUGUAAAAAAAAAAUUAUUAUAAUUAAUUAAAAAGUAUUAAAAAUAUUUUUAUUCAAUAAUAAUGUAUUAAUGUGUAAAUAAUAAUAAUAUAAAAACAUUGACAAUAUAUGUAAUACAAUUUAUAAUGUACCUUGUUAUAAAAAAUAAGUUCUAAUAUAAAUUUAAAUAAUUAAUAAUGUAAAUAUAAUAUUCAUAAUGUAAAUAUGAUAUGCAUAGUGUAAAUGUAAUAUACAUAAUAUAAAUUUAUUUAAUGCAUAAUUUUUUUUUUCUUUUUCUAGUCUGCUAAUUGGCAAUCUGUUCCUUAUAGAACAAUAAUCCAAUCUGCUGUUUGGAUGAAAAAAAAAUGCUUUAAUUAUAUUUUUAAUUUACACAA